GACCGUGAGAUUCCGGACUAUCCUCGAAGCAGUGCAGUGCGGUCCGGACUGGACCGAAUCCAGCUCCGAAGCGUGCCGGGCCACGGCGAGUGAGGGCGGCGAGGAUCCCGGCCGGUGCGUGCCCUUGACCUGGUGCCCGUCCCUGGUUGCGUCGGCUGGUCGCGGGCUCCGACCACAAGUGUGCGGUUCGUCAACCGAACAAUCGCAGCUGGUGUGUUGCCCGUCGGCCGACGUCGUGAGCCCGACGGCACCGAGCGCGGACCCGCUAUUCAUCAGGCAAUCAUCCGUUGACCAGGGGCCCCGGAACGAACGAGGCUGCGGCUCGGUCGACGGCGAUCCAAGAGGAAUCGGCAGGUCUAAAUGGCCUUGGAUGGCGGCCAUAUUCAAAGGGGACAAAUUCCUCUGCGGUGGUUCUCUUUUGGACCGUGACACUGUGCUGACGGCGGCGCAAUGCUUCUACGACUUCAGAAACGACAUCGGGAUGUACAAAGUGCGUCUCGGCAUCGUGGAACUGAACGAGACGGUAAGCUCGCACGGCGCCGAACUUCCCAUCCUCUGGAUACGGAGGCACGAGCGCUACCGUCAACGCAGCAUCUACAACGACAUCGCGCUCGUGAAGACCGCCACAAAGGCACCCUACGGUAGCCACAUCGGACCGGUGUGCCUGCCGCAGCCGGACUUGAAGCUCAGCAAACACGUGGUCGUGCUCGGCUGGGGACUCACGUCUUUCGGAGGCCGGCAGCCGCCCAAGCUACAGACCCGUGGCGCGUUGGCCAUCAGCAACGAUGAGUGCAACGAGAUCUACCGCCAAUCAUCCAGCUUCCUGGCCACAUUACCUGAUGGCAUCACCGAGGGCAUCGUGUGCGCCGCGAACUACACGGGCGUCGACUCCUGCCAGGGCGACUCUGGAGGACCCAUGCUUGCUCAGGACCUCGACUCUCGGUGGAACGUGGUAGGAAUUGUGUCGUUCGGCAUCCGUUGCGGCGGCCGCUUUCCUGGUGGCUACACCCGCGUCACAGCGUUCCUCGAUUGGAUUGCCCGGAACAGGGACUGAAUUCUACGGGUCGACGCCGGCCGAAUGGUCGCUGGAUCCACCUAAGCACUGCACUCCCCUCCU